CAGUUGUAUGCUUGUAUGAUGACUUUCUUUUUGUGUAAUGCAGUAGAAACCCAGUUGAUUUCCACGGGAGCUUUUGAGAUCUCUCUGAAUGAUAUGCCUCUCUGGUCCAAACUACAGUCAGGGAGAAUACCCCAACCAGGGGAACUUUUCCAGAUUAUAGACAACCAUAUCAACAUGCGUGGCGGUGGCGGUGGCCAGGACAGGAUCGGCGGGUACAAUCAUGAAGAGUUGUAAAAACAAUAGAUAUUUUCUACUAGAACGUAUAGCAUUCCUUUAAUGAGCUUGGAAAUUAUUAUAUUAAAUUGAUGACGAUUUAACUUUUUCGUAAACAUUUUAAAACGUAGACACUAUUUUUUUAAUUGGAACAAAAUUGUGACAACAUUUUUGGUCAAUAUAUUUUCCAGUCAUUAGAUUCUUAAUUAUUAAAAUUAAAUAUUGGGUUUUUAACUAGUUUUAUUCUUGUCUGAUAUAUCAAUUAGUACAUUUAUUUGUUAUGAAUAGAGGUUCUUUUUGAUUUAUAAUACUCUGCAUUAUUAUCUUACAAUAAUUCACUACACAACUUGAUUUGUUUUGUUUAAUGUUUUGUGUACACUGUAUUUACAGUUGUUCUGUAUACUUGUUUCAGUCUUAAAUCUCCCACAUUUAUGACGGACUUUCCGUAAACGAUUUUAUCUGUGGAUUGUCUCGAUGUGUUUUUGCUGUGGGAGUUACAGUCUCUGAAACUAGUUUUAACUCGAGUUUUACAGAUGGCGCCUCAGCCAGUAAAAUGACUUGAAUUUAAAUACCGACAAAAAUGGCGGGAAAUUCGCCUAAUUAUGACGCCUUGCUGGACCAGAUUCAGACCCUAUCUGACAUGCAAAAAAAUGGAAAUUUGCACGCAGCUGAUCCGGUCAAACAGGCUGCUUACAUGAAGCGCCUGCAGCAGCAAGCAGAGAGCAUUAAAAAGAUGCUCAAACUUCUCAACAACUCCCGAGCAGCUGAAUUCAGCACAUCAAACUCAAACAGAGCUUCCAACAGUGAUUUUACUCGUAAAUCUGGUGAUUUUAACGCGGUGAAUUUUGGUGAAAUAAGACAGAUAAAUGAAGGUGGUGGCUGGCGAGGAGAAGAUAAUGAACACUAUGAGCAGCUGUGGGAGCUAAGUACUACGGUGAAUGAGUACGAUGUUCCUGAGGUCGGGGUUGACGAGGAUAUCCUCGACGAGGAGGAGGAGGGUCUGGUGGAGGGUAGUGUUGAUAACUGGGAGGAUAAUCUGUAUGAAAAUACUUCUAUUACUGCGGCUCAUCUUACUCUUAGUGUUGAGGUGCCGCCUCCACUUCCUCCACGCCUACCAAGCCGGUCAAAUCUGAACCAUGCCACAGACAACAGCAAUGCGUUAACGCAUUUCGACAGAAACAGCCAGUCGGGACUUUCCGAUCGAAACAGCCAAUCAAUACAUUCCGAUCGCAACAGCCAACCAAGUCAACGAUCCGCGACCCAAUCAGAAUCAUCAAAAUCUUCCAAACCAAAUCUGUCUUCCAAUAAAUGUAACGAUGUGAAUUUUGACAAGUUUUCAGUGGGCGGGUUAAACUGCUCCACCCCUCACCCUGCUCUUCCUAGCCUUAGCAACAGGUCCUGUGUGACCUCAACUCCCAAGGAGUUUGGUGGCGGUCAAACUAUUAAAGGACCGUCAGGAAACUCGCGAUCUAAAACAGAACUCCUUCAGAAGAAAAGGGAGGAACUGAUCGCGAGCCUGCAGGCCGAGGAGCAGGAACGGCAGUGGUAUUAUACACAACUAGAGCUUAUUGCGCAGAAAAUACGCAAUAUUCCACUCUCCUCUCUACACUCGUACUCCCUGGAGAAUGAGGCAGCUAGACAGGAGUUGGAGGAUAGAGCAGCCAGGGUUCAGGCGAGUAUGCAGAGGCAGCUAGGAGACGCAGAGCAGGUCAGCCGUGAUCGUCGACACAAAGUUCAACAGGUGAAGAUACUACUAGUGUGA